UUUACGCACAGCCGUUGGGGGUUGGUGCGAUCCGAGACCACGGCAAGGGUGCCACAGCUGUGCUCGGCAGCACAGGCUGAGUCCUUGUCGCUAAAGCAGAGGAACCACUUCUCCUGGGCCCACGAGGUGGCUGUCCCAUGGUCUGCUGAGCACGUGCAGAGCCAGAAGACCUAACCAGAGGCAACAGAAUACAAGGGUUAGAGCUAAAGGAAUAGAUCUAACGUGGAGCCAGGUGAAUUCUUAACCACUGGACCACCAGGGAGGUCUGAGGCAAAUAUUAAUACAUUUCUGUGCACUGGGUCAAGGGAGUUGAAGAGCGCCCCCAGAUGGAUUCACUGAUGCUGGUGCCAUGUUUCUGCAACUCCUGCUGCUUCUGGCCCUGCUGGGCCCUGGCAGCAGCCACCAGCUGGGGAACACCAGUAAGUAUGAACCUGUGAAGGUCCCAGGUGAGGAGAGAGUCCCAGAAGACGAUGAAGACUAUGACUAUAUAGGACAAACGGACCCUCCAGAGAUGCUUGACAAUAUCACUGAGGUCCCCAAGUUUCUGCUUAUGGUGGCAACGCUGGGGCAGAGAGAGUCUGCAGGGCCUGUGACUCCUGAGUCAUUCAUUCUGGAGGUGUCCACAAGGGACUCUGCUGUCCUGAGUGCCACAGGGGCAACCACUGAGAAACUGAGCCCAAAACUGGUCACACUGGUCCCGCUGACCAGAGAACUGGUCACUGAAAUCCCUCCCAAAGUGACGGAUCCAUCCACAGAGCUGGCUGCAGCCACAGAGGCCCUGUCCACGGACCCCGUGACCACAGAGGCCCUGUCCACAGAACCCAGGCUCACAGAGGCCCUGUCCACAGAACCCAUGGCCACAGAGGCCCUGUCCACGGAACCCAGGCUUACAGAAGCCCUGUCCACAGAACCUGCGGCCACAGAGGCCCUGUCCACGGAACCCAGGCUUACAGAGGCCCUGUCCACAGAACCCAGGCUUACAGAAGCCCUGUCCACAGAACCUGCGGCUACAGAGGCCCUGUCCACGGAACCCAGGCUUACAGAAGCCCUGUCCACAGAACCUGCAGCCACAGAGUCCCUGUCCACAGAACCCAAAAUCAGAGAGACUCUGCCCACGGAACCAGCCACCACAGAAGCCCCUUUCAGGGAGCCCACUACCAUACCAGCCCUGCCCACAGAUCCAACCACUGUGGAGGCCCUGCCCACGAGACAUGCUACCACAAGGGGCCUAACCACAGCCCUUCCUGUGGCCUCUGAUACUCCUAAGGGCACCACUGUGGCAGCUGGCGACUUGUCUGAUGACUUCACUGGGAACAAAGAUCAGAGCCUUUUUCCCUGGAGCUCUGUGGCCCCGAUCCCUGCAGAGGGCGUGUCAGACCCGGGCCCCGUGAAGCAGUGUCUGCUGGCCAUCCUCAUCCUGGCCCUGCUGGCCACCAUCUUCCUCGUGUGCACCGUGGUGCUGGCCAUCCGCCUCUCCCGCAAGAACCACCUGUACCCUGUGCGUGAUUACUCCCCCAGCGAGAUGGUCUGCAUCUCGUCUCUGCUGCCCGAGCGGGGGGAGGGGCCUGCUCCCAUGCCCAAUGGGGACCUGCCCAAGGCCAAGGACCAGGGCCGGAAGACGGGGCCGGGGGAGGACCGUGAAGGGGAUGACCUCACCCUGCGCAGCUUCCUCCCUUAGCUCCCGAGCUGCUGAGCCAAGGCCCAUGCCGAGGCUCUAAGCCGGGGGUCGGGCUGCCUUGGAUCCCCCUGGAGACGGGAAUCUUCAGGGCGCGGACUUGGGCUGCCACACACAAGACUGAGAGCAGCCAGGCUCCAGGCACCGAAGCAGGCCUGGCAAACAGAACCUCCGGUAGAGGCUGCAGAUGACUCCCCCAGCUCCCUGCCCAGCCGCCGUGUGUCCUGGGCUCCCUCUAAUGCCUCUGUUCCCUGGCCACUGGAGUCUCAUCCUCACGCACCCAGGAGGACUCAGAGUUCGUCCCCACUGCCAUGCCCACUACUGUUUCCUUCUACGGUCACUGCACAGAAAGGGGGCACUCUGAACUGGAUUCCUUAGUUCACUUCCUAUAACCCCCCCUCCUCAUUUGGGCUAUCUCUCAGGGAACCCACGGUGAGUUGUGGGGGCUGGGCAGGUUCCUUAGGGGACUCUGUGGACCUACAAGCUACUGUCUAGUGACAGCCUAACCCCAUCCUGCCCUCCCUCGCCUCCCCCCCGGGGCCUUGAUUGAGGUGCUCACAGAGGUCUCCCGGCGCCCAGCUCAGAGCCCAGGAUGGCACACACACACACACACACACACACACACGUACGUCGCUCAGUCAUGUUGAGGUGCUCACAGAGGUCUCUCGGGGCCCAGCUCAGGGCCCAGGAUCACACACACACACACACACACACACGUACGUCGCUCAGUUGUGUCCGACUCUUUGUGACCCCGUGACGGUCAGUAAAUGUUUGGGGCUGAACAAGUGAUGGCUGAGUGAAUGCUUCAAGCUGCCUCCUUCAGGUGGGGAGCGGGUCCUUUUGCUGUUCCCCCAACCCCAGGGCCCUUAGGAAGCCCCCUGCACAGGCUAUUAAGGUUACUUCAGGGGGCACCUUGGUGUAUCCUUGGGCGCUGCGGGAGGGGUUCAGGCUGUCGAGGGGCAGAGAAUGCUGGCCCCAGGAACCACUUUGUCCAGUGCCACCCAUGACACAGUUCAAGCCUGCAGAAUUUGGUCCCCCCGCACCCUAAAUCUCUGCCAGAUACCCCCUCUAAACAUCAAUGCCAUGCACCCCAGAAGCCCACCCUGACCUCUCUCUGUUCUGCAUGAGGCUCAUGUCCCCAGUGGCCCCCUCCUCACAGGGGGAGCCUGGCUACACUCCACAAGGCCUUCCUACAACUGACUGGUUGUCUUACAGAGUUUGAAGAAGUGAAGUCGCUUCAGUCAUGUCCGACUCUUUGUGACCCCCUGGACUGUAGCCUGCCAGGCUCCUCUGCCCAUGGGAUUCUCCAGGCAAGGAUACUGGAGUGGGCUGCCAUUUCCUUCUCCAGCAUAGAGAGUCUGGGGCCUGGUAAACUUUUUCUUAAAGGGCAAGAUCAUAAAUAUCUUAGGUUUGGCAGCUCACGUGGUCUCUGUCGUAUCUUCUCAACUCUGGCAUCCUGGCAUGAAGGCCACGAUUGACUCUGCGUCAUGGAUGAAGGGGUUUAGCUGAAUUUUGUUGAAACUUUAAGGCAGCAGGCUGGGUCAGGCUCUAUAAGCUUGUCCCUACUUCAGUUUAGGGUGACCAGAUGUCCUGAGACUUUCCUGGUUUCAGCACUGAAAGUACUAUAUCAAUGGGAUAUAAGGCUUUCGGCUCCAGCAGAUUAGAACAGCGAGUGGCCCUGUUUAAGCACUGAAACCCACGUGGACCCCGAGGGUCAGAUCAGGAAGCCAAAGGCUUAGAGAUGAGAAGGGUGUGGUUUACUUCCUGACAUGGCUGAGCCAGGGUUUCAGACUUUUGAUCUUUGCUUCCUAAUGCCUUUUAGUCAUUUCUGUACACGGGGAAGGAAACACACACACACACACACACACACACACACACACACUUCUGCCUUCUAGAACAUUCAUCUCAGGGGACUUUUUCUCUUCUAAAAAAAUGCCUCCAAGGGCCUCAUUGGGAAUUCAGGACCCCCUCCACUCCGUGGCAUAACCUGCAGAGAAAGAAUUCAAAGAAAAAGUCGAGUUGGGGCAGGGGAAGGGUGGGUGUUGGUUGCAACUCAGAGAGAGGGAUGGGGGGAACGGGAGGAGGAACACAAAAAGCAACAGGGCCGUCGGGGACAGAGUCAGGGAUAAGUGGAGAACUGCCUGGUUCUGUCCUCCCCUGCCCCCUUGCCCUUGAACCUCCACAACAGCUGUGAUACACAGGAAGGUGUGUUCAAGGUGCUCUGGUCGGGCGCUGGUGGAGCUGGGUAUCCGCCAUGGGCGGGACAGCCAACCCUGGAGAAGGUGGAGUCCUAAGACAGCAACAGGAUUUCACUUCCCCUUUAUCAGGGAUCAGAAAACUCAGCUGGUGGAUUCCACAUCACUGGGGUGGGGCCCCAGAGGCUGGAGGACUUGGGGGACAU